UUUUCUUUCCUCUUUUUGCACUAUCUCUAUUUCAUUCUUCUUUUGUUCUUUCUCAAAAUUUGCCCCUUUGUAUUCUUUCUAUGGUACUUAUGGUUAUAAUUUGUCACAAAUCUAUAUAUUUAAGUUUAGCGGGUUUUGCUAAAGAUUUUAAAAUGUUCAUCGAGAUUAAUGUGAGUUGCAACGGUAUGCGUUAACAGAAGUUGUGAAGUAAAUGAUCCGUGCCAGUAUUUAAGUUUCCAGCAUUAGAUUUAAAACAAUGUACUACAAUAUCCCACCAAGAGGCUAGAAACCUUUUUUUUAAAAUCAAAUAUUGUAUACUUACGCUUCUUGUCUUUGGCUUCUGAUAAGUGAUGCGAGAGGGAUGCCAUGUGACCACGAGGUUAUUGGUGGGGCAAGAACGACUUGGACAAUAGGAUGAAAAUGGUGUCUUCAAACGCUAACAAAGAGGAAGCCAAGGGGGACAGUUUUGCAGAACAAGCUGCAACGUAUUACGAGAAGCGCCCUCAGCUAUUGGCUCUGCUCCAUGACCUCCACAAUGGUUAUCUCACCUUAACUGAUCGUUACUGCCAAACGCUUGCUAAGCAUAAGCAUCGACAUUCUUCAUCAGCAUCUUCAAUUCCAAGCAUUCAAUUGAAUUCUGAUGAAGAAAUUUUUUGUGGUAGUGAAGUUGACAAUGAGUAUGGUGAGAGCUCUUUGUCAUUCCAAGCUCCAAUUUUGACCCCAUGCAAGAGUCAUCAAGUUGUUAUGGAUGCUGACCUGAUAAUUGCUGACCUUGUGAAUAAGAACGUGGAAUAUGAGGUCACUGUUAAUGAGCUGGAUGGAGAAGAGAACAAGUGGAAGGAGUUUUCAAGAAAAAUAGAGCUCCAGAAAAGCUUGCUGGAAGUUUUGGAAUCAGAGAGGCUGGUUUUAUUAAAUGAGAAUGCUAGGUUAGGAUACAGAGUAGGUACACUGGUGGAAGAGAACAAAGGGUUGUCUGCUGAGUCUUUGUUCAUGAAGAGAAAGGCCGGUGAGCUUGCACGUUGUGUAUUGAAGAUGAGAGAUGACUAUAGAGUGUGUAUGCUUAGCCGAAAAAUUGAGAACCUGCAAGCUCAAAUAUAUAGUUUGGAAAAGAGGAACAAGGAGUACUAUGAGCAACUUGUUAAACAAGAAGAGGAGAAGAAGACUAAGAUCACUAUGAAGAAGAUAAUGAAACACAAUGCUGGAGAAGCAACAUUGGAGGAUUUCUUUCAAGUAGAAGAGGAGGAGGAGGAGGAGGAGGAGGCUGAUGGUGAUCCCAAACCGCGAUGGCAGCGCAGUGGUGGCAAUGUAAGAGGGAGUGGCAGGAGGGUUUCCAAGAUUUGGGAUAGGAUGAAGAACAUUGACAUGCUUCUAUGUGGUCCACACUACAACGCGUCUAGUUGCUGAUAUAGGAGUUCCUCUUAAUUUAAUUAGCUGACUUGAUGAAGAUGAUAUUACUGUUGCCACUGCAUUUUACGCUUUGUUUUUAAUUGCAAUGAUACGAUUCUACAAUAUGCUAAAAAGAAAACUGUAUACAAAUUGUAAGCCAAAUUUGCUAUGUAUCAGCCUGUGGCAUUG